UAUCUCUUUUUUUGCACAUGGGGACUAGCAUGCAAAUCUGCGAUGUCUAUGAAUUUUCUUUUUACAGAAAUAUGUUUUUUCUAUAUUUGCCUUUUAUCUUAAGCAGUAUUAGUGGUGUUCCACUUUGUGAUUGUGUGCUUAUAUGUAUUUGAAUGAGAUGACUGAUGUUUGCGACCUUUUUUAAAAGAAGAUAAAGAUCAUAAGGUUUUCAGGAGAAUAUUUAAUUCAGCCCACAUGGAGCCAUUUGCAUGCCUGCUUCUAUAUGGAGUGUGUUUUCAAGGUGCCAUAUUUGGCGUUUCCUGGGCAUGGAGUGUCACCGUGCCCAGAGAGAUGGAGGGCAUGGUAGGGUCCUGCCUGGUCAUCCCCUGCAGAUUUUCUUAUAGCGAAUACCCACCCAACGACAAGAGCAGAGUGGUCUGGUACCAAUAUGUCGACAGAGGAUACCCUCUGGUGUGCGAUCCAAAAAAACCAAAUGAAGUCAUCGAAAAGUUCAGGCGAAAAACCUCUUUAUACGGAUCACCUUACAAUGGAGACUGCAGCCUGAAGAUCGACCCCCUGGACUGGCGUCACCAAGAGGAGAAGGUUUACCCCUGGGUGGACCCAGACUACGUCACAUAUCGCUAUUUUAAAUUUUAUGACAAAGCUGUGAAAAUCCGUGUACGAGACAGAGCAGACGAACCAAAAUUAAAUUUUGUCGGCUCAUAUACGGUGGGAGAACAAAUGACCGUCCAGUGCAGCGCCUACCACACGUGCCGACCGCGUCCCCCAACAUUGCGCCUGACCGUAGCGGGACAUACUGGGACACCCAAAGUCUAUCACAAAGAAGUGCAUGAAGGCAAGUGGGAAAUCACCAUGGAGAUGACCUGGAUAUUAGACAACGCCCACCAAACCAUCACUUGUGAAGUCAAACAUCCCUCCGGCCGGAGCGCAUCCAAAACCGUCAGCCUUAAGGGACAAUGUUCAGUGACAAAGGUCACUAUAAAUCCCAGUUCGGAGGAGUUCCUGGAAGGCGUGGAGAAGGACGUGGUCUGUUCUGUAUCCUACGCCUGCCAAGAGCAGCGUCCAGAUCUGUCUUGGAAUUAUGGAGGCAUGAAGGUCUCCAGCGAGUUUAAGAAACGAGGCAGUGGGAGCUGGGAAAGCCGGUCCACUUUGACAUUCAAGGCAGGGGCCAGCGACCACAACCAAGCCCUGAAAUGCACCGCAAGGUUCACCAAUGGGCAAAUCCAAGAGGGGUACAUCACUCUGAAGGUGAAAAGGGCCAUGUUUUCCCUGGGGUGGAGCUUCUCUAUGCCCAGCCAGGUGACAGGCCUGCAGGGCUCGUGCCUGGUCAUCCCCUGCCAUUUUGAGUACUCCUCCACCCUGCCCUCUGACGUCAGUGUCAUGUGGUACAAGUACACGCCCGGGGAGUACCCGGUGGUGUACAGCCCAGCGCGCCCUGGUGAUGUCAUCAGUGACUUCAGAGGGAAAACCUCUCUGUACGGAUCUCCGAGUGACCGGAGCUGCAGCCUGAAAAUUAACCCCGUCGAGAUGAACCAUCAUAGACAGAGGCUUUACACCUGGGUGGACCCGAAGCCCAUCUCCUCCUACCACAGACAGAACUAUCAGGACAAGACCGUGGAGAUUUACGUGACUGACAGAGUGGAUAAACCAGAAAUGCAGAUUAUUGGCAUACCCAAGGUGGGAGAGCAAAUCAGCGUGCAGUGCAGUGCGUACCACACGUGUCCGGCUACGCCCCCUAAACUAAGCCUGAUUGGUUUGCCCGAGACGGGCCAGCGUCGUGAAACUGAAGCGCAAGACAUCAAGUGGAAAACCACGUUGGUGCAGACGUGGGUCAUCGUUGAAGAUCAACAAACUCUGUCUUGUCGUGUCCGGCAUCCAGGAGGCCAGGAGGCCCAGGCGGACAUCACCAUCCAGGCCGAAUGUUCAGUUGGGGAGAUCAUUACUGAUCCCGGCCCAGUGGAGUUCCUUGAAGGUGUGGUGAAGGACGUCACAUGUUCUGUCUUUUACACCUGCUCUAAACAACAGCCGGCUAUUGUGUGGAACUACAAGGACAUUCCAGCCUCCAGCAGUACUACAAAAAUGGCUGCCACUAAGUGGAAAACUGUAUCCAGUAUAAUGUUCAUUGCAUCUAUGGACGACCACGGUAAAACUCUGACCUGCACAGCUGAGUUUCCUGAUGGGAAAAAGUCAAUGACCUCAAUCGAUUUACACGUGAAAAGGGCCAUGUUUUCCCUGGGGUGGAGCUUCUCUAUGCCCAGCCAGGUGACAGGCCUGCAGGGCUCGUGCCUGGUCAUCCCCUGCCAUUUUGAGUACUCCUCCACCCUGCCCUCUGACGUCAGUGUCAUGUGGUACAAGUACACGCAAGUACACGGGGAGUACCCGGUGGUGUACAACCCAGCGCGUCCUGGUGAUGUCAUCAGUGACUUCAGCGGGAAAACCUCUCUGUACGGAUCUCCGAGUAACCGGAGCUGCAGCCUGAAAAUUAACCCCGUCGAGAUGAACCAUCAUAGACAGAGGCUUUACACCUGGGUGGACCCGAAGCCCAUCUCCUCCUACCACAGACAGAACUAUCAGGACAAGACCGUGGAGAUUUACGUGACUGACAGAGUGGAUAAACCAGAAAUGCAAAUUAUUGGCAUACCCAAGGUGGGAGAGCAAAUCAGCGUGCAGUGCAGUGCGUACCACAUGUGUCCGGCCACGCCCCCUAAACUGAGCCUGAUUGGUUUGCCCGAGACGAGCCAGCCUCGUGAAACUCAAGCGCAAGACGUCAAGUGGAAAAUCACGUUGGUGCAGACGUGGGUCAUCGUUGAAGAUCAACAGACUGUGUCUUGUCGUGUCCAGCAUCCAGGAGGCCAGGCGGCCCAGGCGGACAUCACCAUCCAGGCCGAAUGUUCAGUUGGGGAGAUCAUUACUGAUCCCGGCCCAGUGGAGUUCCUUGAAGGUGUGGUGAAGAACGUCACAUGUUCUGUCUUUUACACCUGCUCUAAACAACAGCCGGCUAUUGUGUGGAGCUACAAGGACAUGCCAGCCUCCAGCAAAACUACAAAUAUGGCUGCCACUAAGUGGAAAACUGUAUCCAGUAUAAUGUUCAUUGCAUCUAUGGACGACCACGGUAAAACUCUGACCUGCACAGCUGAGUUUCCUGAUGGGAAAAGGCCAAUGGCCUCAAUCGAUUUACACGUGAAAAUGUAUGAACCCCCAGCGCCUGAAUCGCCCACUGCUGGUCCGGACACUGAUGACACAAGCAGUAUCAGUCACAUCUGGGCAGCCAGCGUCACCCCCAGAAUCAGCGCCUUGACCCAGUCCUGUGUGGUUAUCCCGUGUGGUUUCACAAGCGAAGGCGAAUAUCCCGUUACUGGCCUCAGCGGGAUGUGGCAGACGAGAGACGGCGGCUACGCCUAUCACAACGGACAGAGCAGAGUUACCAAUAACUUCAAAGGCCGCACUCGGCUGGUGGGCGAUCUGGACGAACAGAACUGCACCCUGGAGAUCGACGAAGUCAAACCCCAUGACAACGGGCCAUUCUGUUUCCGGGCGGAAAAGGGGACGGACAAAUAUACCUUCAACAACAGCUGUGUGUUCAUUGUUAUGAAAGCUUCACCGAGCGACCCGGUUAUGACGCCCCUCCCGGAGGAGACCGAGGAGGGGUCUGCUCUCUCUGCCACCUGCUCAGUCGAACACACCUGCCCCACCCAUCCCCCAACUUUCACCUGGAACGUCAAAGACGGAAAGACCACCACCAGCCACACGCAGAUCAGCCGCAGCACCUGGAAAACGUCUUCCACACUCACGUUCCUCCCUGCUGGAGACAACUAUGAGGAACAGCUGACCUGCAGCGCCACCUUCCGGGGGAGAAAGAGGCAAGACAGUUCUGCCAGUCUUAACGUUAAGCGAAAGCAGAGCCUCCUCCCCAUCCUGCUGCCUGCCACAGCUGCUGCCCUGCUUGCCCUGGCUCUGUGUGUGGGAGUCUUGACGUGCAGGAAAAGGUGUUCCAGGAAAAGUACUGAUCAACACUCACUGAGGCCACCACAACCUGACAAUCAGAGGUCUUUUUGGAAAAGAUUUUCCAGAAGUCAUGAAGGUAACAGCGCUAGUUGGAAUGUGGGAAACACUGGCCACAGGGAACUUCCCAGGGACUGUCCACGUAGACCACCUCGUCCAGAGGAAAGGGCAUCAUUCUGGAGACGGUUUUCCAGAAGAAAUCCCAAAGACUUCCUGGACAGACCUCCUCGCCCAGAAAAAAGGAGGUCCAUUUGGAGCAGAUUUUCAAGACAGCAACAUGGCAAUGGACCUGAGAUGAAUGUGGGCUACAGGGCCAAUAACGAGAGCUUAGCAGGCAAUGUUCAAACCAAACCCAAACCCCGCUGCCCGUCUCCUGUAAGAAACACAAAAUCUGCCCAUGCUGCCAAACAUAGGAAUGACGAUGGUGACAACAUUUAUGGAAACAUGUAGCUGGUGGUUCUACACAACAAAGUGAAAUGAUGGGAGCAGGAAGCUGUUUUUCUGGAGCACCCCCACACUUUAAAUUACUGUGUCCUGCUAUUUGCCAAACCUGAAGUGUUAACUAUCCUUCUCCUUAUAUAACUUGCAUUGCUGAUGUUAACAAUUAUACAGAUGACUACAGUCUGUACUGGACUUUGUUUUAAGUUUUAAAAAGACUUUGUUUUGCACACAAACAUCUUAUGUAUAUGUGUGUAAUGAAAAUCAGACUGCACAAACUGAAGAGUGAAUUUAAUGAAGUUUGUACGUAUUAAUACAUGAUCUGCAAAUAUAAUUACGGAAGAAUUCACCCCAAAAUACACAGUGUAUGAUGCUCUUCAGUCACUGUUUGUUUGUCUUGUAGGGAAAGUAAUUAGGGGAGUUCAGAAUAUAGGGAGCUGGGUGUCUUGCUGGUAUGUCUUCUCCAAAGCCAAGUCCCCUCUUCCCAUUCACAGAAGGCUUCUGAUGGUUCUUUUUUUUUUUCAAUAAACAUGUAAUGUGUUAUUUGUCAAAUGAAGUUAGAUUUAUCUUCUGUUAGGACUUUGUGAGGACUAUAUAUUAGUUAUGUCCUAAUAUGUAAAACUAAAUAAAUAAAUAAAAUAAAAUAAAUAGAA